AUGUCUGAGAAGGAUUUAGAGAAGCAGUUUACAUCCGGGGAGCCGCCCCAAGACCAUGACGAUGGGUUCACGUCGGCUAAAACUACUGGGCCGCCGUCCACAGAUUCGACAGUCGCAACGGACUUAGAGGAGCAACGUGAAACUGUGAGACAGAACAACCCUAAUGGCUUCUCACGCAUCAACACUGGCGUCUCCGUCGAACAAGCCGAAGCCGAUUUUGCUGAGCUUAGACGGGAACUAUCUGGGUUGUCUAAAGCAAGCCGUACUCGUAGCCGAAAGGAAUCUGAUGUUGAAAAAGGGGGCUUCACAGCUCUCGAGACUCCGGGGUCUCAAGAGUCGAUUGAAGCUUUCGAUUUGGAGACAACCCUACGAGGAGGACUGGAUGCCGAGAGAGAGGCUGGCAUCAAGCCAAAGCAUAUUGGCGUCUACUGGGACGGACUUACAGUCAAGGGUAUGGGAGGCACUGCUAAUUUCGUGAAAACAUUCCCCGAUGCCUUCAAGGAUUUCGUUGACUAUUGGACUCCCUUAAUGAGCCUACUCGGUAAGGGUAACAAAGGCACCGAAGUCACUCUGCUGGAAAAUUUCAAGGGCGUCGUAAAUCCUGGCGAGAUGGUUCUUGUUCUAGGAAGGCCAGGAUCCGGAUGCACGACUUUCUUGAAGUCGAUUGCGAACCAGCGAUGGGGUUAUACUGGCGUUACCGGAGAAGUUCUUUAUGGACCAUUCACCGCUGAGGAAUUCCAGCAAUACCGUGGCGAGGCCGUCUACAACCAGGAGGACGAUAUCCACCACGCCACCCUUACCGUUGAACAGACACUCGCUUUCGCGCUGGAUACCAAGGUCUCCAAAAGACUGCCAGCGGGAACCUCGAAGAGCAAGUUUAAGGAGGAAGUAAUUACAAUGUUACUCAAGAUGUUCAAUAUCGAGCACACAAGAAAGACCGUGGUUGGUGAUGCACUAGUCCGCGGUGUUUCUGGUGGUGAGAGGAAGCGUGUCUCUAUUGCUGAGAUGAUGAUCACAAACGCCUGUGUUCUAUCAUGGGAUAACAGUACUCGAGGUCUCGAUGCUAGCACGGCCCUCGACUUUGUCAAGUCCCUUCGCAUCCAAACCAACCUAUACAAGACAUCUACUUUCGUGUCUCUUUACCAGGCAUCCGAGAAUAUUUACAAGCAAUUCGACAAAGUCCUACUUAUAGAUGGUGGCAAGCAGGUCUACUUUGGUCCUACUACCGAGGCGCGAGCCUAUUUCGAAGGACUAGGAUUCCUCCCGCGACCGCGACAGACGACACCCGAUUAUAUUACCGGCUGCACGGACGAGUUCGAGCGCGAAUACUCGGAUGGCUUUUCGGCACGGAAUGCCCCACACAGCCCCGAGACAUUGGCCGAAGCAUUCGAGAAAUCCCGGUUUGCCCAACAAUUGAGUACCGAGAUGGCAGAAUACAAGACUAGGCUUGAACACGAACAAGAGAUCGCUCGUCAUAAUGAUUUCCGCAUGGCCGUACGCGAGAGUAAGCGAAGCGGUGCGAAACAUUCCGUCUACAGCGUGGGUUUCCACCUCCAGGUGUGGGCUUUGAUGAAACGACAGUUUGCCAUCAAGUUCCAGGAUAAGCUUACUAUAGUACUAUCUUGGAUUCGAACCAUCGUCAUUGCAUUGGUACUGGGGUCCUUGUACUUCAAUCUGGGACAAACAUCUGCUAGCGCUUUCGGUAAAGGAGGUCUUCUCUUCAUCUCUCUCUUGUUCAACGCCUUCGAAGCUUUCUCUGAAUUAGGAUCAACAAUGAUGGGUCGACCGAUCGUAAACAAGCAUAAAGCAUACACUUUCCAUCGACCAUCGGCAUUAUGGAUAGCGCAGAUAUUUGUGGACACAGCCUUUUCGGCAACGCGAAUUCUUGUGUUCUCGAUCAUCCUCUACUUCAUGACUAACCUUACGAGGACACCUGGGGCCUUCUUCACGUUCUAUCUGCUGAUUCUUGUUGGAAACAUCUCGAUGACACUCUACUUCCGUAUCAUUGCCUGUCUUAGUCCUGACUUUGAUUACGCUAUCAAGUUUGCUGUCGUUACGAUCACUUUAUUUGUCUUGACCUCCGGUUAUCUGAUCCAAUAUCAGUCUCAACAAGUCUGGCUUAGGUGGAUCUUCUGGAUCAACACCUUGGGUCUUACCUUUUCCAGUCUGAUGGCGAAUGAGUUUGGCGGAAACCAAAUGAGAUGUUCGGACGAGUCGCUUAUUCCCUCAGGACCUUCGUAUGGUAACAUUAGCCAUCAAGUCUGCACCCUAGCAGGCUCAACCCCUGGAAGUCUCACUGUAAACGGUGGUGAUUAUAUUACGCAAGGAUUCUCUUACGCUCCCCAGGAUUUGUGGAGGAACUUCGGUAUUAUUAUGGCUAUCAUCAUAUUCUUCCUGAUUAUGAACGUGGUAUUGGGCGAAUUUGUCAAGUAUGGUAUGGGUGGUAAUCAAGCGAAGGUCUUCGCGAAACCCAAUCCCGAGCGAAAGGCCCUAAAUGACGCCCUUAACGAAAAGCGAUUGCAACGCCAGAAGUCGAGGGAGGCGGACACUGGAUCUGCUUUGAAGAUUGAAUCCAGCAGCAUUCUAACAUGGGAAGACCUCAAGUAUGAUGUGCCUGUUCCUGGUGGCACUCGCCGUCUACUAAACAGUGUUUAUGGUUACUGCAAGCCCGGUCAACUCACUGCUCUUAUGGGUGCAUCUGGAGCCGGAAAGACAACCCUCUUGGAUGUUUUGGCAGCAAGAAAGAACAUUGGUGUUAUCACUGGCGACAUCCUCGUUGACGGUCUUAAACCUGGAAAAGAAUUUCAGAGAUCCACCUCGUACGCCGAGCAGCUCGACAUGCACGAUCCUACCCAGACCGUUCGCGAAGCCCUACGUUUCUCGGCCGACCUACGACAACCUUUCGAGACACCCCGCGAAGAAAAGUAUGCUUAUGUUGAGGAGAUCAUCGCUCUAUUGGAAAUGGAAAAUAUUGCGGACUGUAUAAUUGGAACCCCGGAAGCUGGUCUUACUGUCGAGCAGCGUAAACGUGUAACGAUCGGUGUCGAGCUUGCGGCUAAGCCACAGCUUCUACUGUUCUUGGAUGAGCCAACUUCAGGUCUUGAUAGUCAAAGCGCCUUCAACAUUGUUCGAUUCUUAAAGAAGCUUGCUGCUGCUGGACAGGCUAUUCUCUGCACGAUUCAUCAGCCUAACGCCGCCCUCUUCGAGAACUUCGACCGACUACUUCUGCUUCAACGAGGAGGCCGUUGCGUAUACUUUGGUGAUAUUGGUAAAGAUGCAUGUAUUCUUCGGGACUACUUGGCUCGACACGGUGCUGUUGCUGGCCCUUCCGACAACGUUGCGGAAUUUAUGCUUGAGGCUAUUGGUGCUGGAAGUGCUCCUCGAGUUGGAAACCGAGAUUGGUCAGAGAUUUGGAACGACAGCCCUGAGCUAGCUAACGUCAAGGAUACGAUCUCCCAGUUUAAAGAGUCUCGCAAAGAGGCGGCUGCGCAUACCGAUCUUUCUCUGCAACGCGAAUAUGCUUCACCCCUUGCACACCAAUUGAGCGUUGUCAUCAAACGUACCAAUCUCUCCUUUUGGCGAUCACCCAACUACCUGUUCACGCGCAUUUUUAACCAUAUUGUCAUUUCCCUCCUUACUGGUCUAACUUAUCUAAAUCUCGACGACUCCCGUUCGGCGCUGCAGUACAAGGUCUUCGUCAUGUUCCAGAUUACCGUUUUGACCGGUUUACUGCUCCCUCAAGUCGAACUAAUGUACGUUAUCAAGCGAUCGAUCUUCUUCCGCGAACAGUUGAGCAAGAUGUACAGCACAUUCACCUUCACUUCGGCUAUGGUUCUUGCUGAAUUGCCUUACUCGAUUAUCUGUUCCGUAAUCUUCUUCCUUCCCUUGUACUAUAUCCCAGGCUUCCAGACGGAGUCCUCGCGAGCUGGUUACCAGUACUUCAUGGUUUUGAUUACAGAGCUUUUCUCGAUCACUCUGGCGCAGUGCAUCGCUGCUUUGUCGCCUUCGUCUUUCGUCGCUAGCCAGUUCGAUCCUUUCGUCGUUAUCACUUUCUCGAUGUUCUGUGGUGUUGCAAUCCCUGCCCCUCAGAUGCCUGCUUUUUGGCGAUCGUGGCUGUAUCAGCUGGACCCGUUCACUCGUCUGAUUGGUGGUACUGUUACUACUGCUCUGGAUGACCUUCAAGUAAACUGCCGACCGUGGGAGCUCAACUCAUUCACUGCACCAGAGGGUCAAACCUGUGGCGAAUACAUGGCUCCUUUCUUAGAGAAGGGCGCUGGGUAUAUCGUAGACAACGCCACUAGCCUGUGCCAAUACUGUGCCUACAAGGUAGGCAAUGAAUUCUACGAGCCACUAGGCUUCAAGUUCGACUACCGGUGGAGGGACCUUGGUAUCUUCCUGGCUUUCGUGGGUAGCAAUCUGAUAAUCUUAUUCUGUGCUGGACGGUUCCUAAACUUUAACCGACGCUAA